ACAUCCUUGUGUGUCCCUGCCUGCUGGAGCAUGAAACAUCAGAGGAGGUGGUUCUUGCCAAACAAUUGGUCGCUCAACUGAGCAGGGAGCCAGCCUCUUCUGCUCAACAUGCCCCUGGCCAUAGACUCACGGAACAGUAACUUUGCUCAAGGCUAGCUGUAACCUCAGGGUAACUACAGUAGACUUUUGCAGCAAGCCCAUUCAGGCCUCUCCAAGGAGGGCAUUAGAUGAGAUCAAAUGACUGCCUUUCCCUGUAUGACCAUAUUUUUCCUGGAAUCCUCUACUUUGGCACAUAUUGUUUUUUCAGAAUUCUUCAAACAACAUGAUUACUCUGAAUGGCCUGCGCCCCCGUGUAAAAUAUAUUACCCACUGGAUCCUCUUUAUGAUGCAGACUGUCCUGAAGUGACAGCAUACGUUUGUGGGACAAAUGGCCUCACUUACAAGAAUGAGUGUUUCCUUUGUGUUGAUCAGUGGGAAUUUGGUCCUCAUAUUAAAUUUGAAAAGUAUGGAAAAUGUGAUUAAUGGAUAACCGAGUGUUAUACUUGCUUAUUCUUUUCAUGACUUCUGAAAAUUAUUUCUUUUGAAAUUUGAAGAUGUAUAUUAAAUAAUUAACACAACUAUAUGCUUCAUCCAAAUUUGGAACAAAAUUGGAAACAAAAGAAAACUAAUGGAGAACUGAGUAUCACAUUUAUUACAAAUAAACACAAUACUGAAAAGGGA